CCAGAACUUUUCCAGAAGCUUGGAGAUGGGGUGGUCAUUUUUUAGACAUUUAGCAUCAAGGUUGUGUUUUUUAAGCAAGAGUUGGACAACCGCAUGCUUAAAGCAUGUAGGGACAGUGCCAGAUGCAAGGCAUGAAUUUAAAAUGAUCUGAAUGGAGGGGCCAACUGCAUCAAAAACAUCCUUUAUAAUGGAGGAGGGGAUAGCAUCAUGGGGUGAUGUAUGAUUCAUGUGCAAUACCAAGUCCCUCAAUUCAGUGAAAAGAUGAGGUGGGGGUAAACAAUGAUCUAAUAUUCUCAAUUUUGUUGGUAAAAAACUUGAGAAAUUUCUCACAGGUAUCAGUGGAUACAUCAGCGACUGGGGAAUUUGGGGGGUUGAUAACAGGGUUUAUAGUACUAAAUACAAUUUUUGGUCUGUUUGAGUGUUUACUGAUCAAAUCAGAGAGAUCCUUUGCUCUGGCUUUUUUUUGCUGCUGCCUGGAAUAGGAAGCUAAUGCAGAUUUAAAGAUCUCAAAGGAGACAGUGAGAUGAUCCUUCUUCCAUUUCCUCUCAGCUUUACAACAGGCCUGGCUGAGAAAGCGUGUGGCCUCAUCUAACCAAUAAUCAGAUUUUAGUUUGGGGCGGGUGUAAGUGAGAGGAGCUACAGAGUCAAGUAUGGAAGAGCAAGAUGAGUGGAAAAGAGUAGCUGAUUCAUCCGGGCUAGAAGAGGAUAAGGAUUUUCAGUGCUGCACGAGGCUUGUGAUGGAAACCCGGAGACUUCUCAGACUCUUUGGCAUCUGCUUCACUGCAGCCUGUCUGCUGUCCACAGCACAGGGCUUUAGUGUUGAGAUGCCAGCCUCUGUGAGGGCAGUGGAGGGCAGCUGCGUUCUGGUCCCGUGCCAAACCCGACCCCAUACCAGGGUCAUCUGGUACAAACACCAGACAACAGGUUGGCCUGCCGUUUAUGAUGGGAUCUACCCUCGUAAUGUUAUUGGUGAAUUUAAAGGACGGACUGCAGUACUGGGGAGUCCUUCAGAAGGGAACUGCACCCUCAGAAUCAACAACGUCAAGAUGUCUGAUGGUAUCACUCUGUUCCCCUACAUCAACCCAGAGUCUGACAAAUACUACAAACCGACUGUCCAGAUAAAGACUGAGCCUAGAAGCCGCCCUGUGAUAUCUGGGCCUGAGUGCCCAGUGCAGGAGGGUGCUGUGUUCCGCCUCAGCUGCAGUGUCCAGCACUCCUGCCCCCCCGCUCCCCCAGCCAUCGAGUGGAGAGGCCUGACGGAGGGCAGCACGGGGGUGUCCACUCAGAGGGCAGCAGAGCUGUGGGUGGAGGUGUCCACCGUGACGGUGACUGCAGCACGUUCUCAACAUGGCAAACAGGUCCACUGCCGCACCGGUGAUAUGUCAACAGAGAGCGAAUCUCUCACUCUGGACAUCGCAUUUCUCUCCAUCAUGGUACCAAACACCUCGUGCUCAGAGAGGGGAAGGAUGUUGAGAUGUGUAUGUCAGGCGGAGGCGAACCCUGUUGCCACGGUGACAUGGAUGCUCAAUGGCAGAACUGAACUUCCAGCGUCCAUCUUUCCCAACAUCUCCACAGAAGGCACCUUGAUGUCAGCGGAGGUUGAACUGGAACAGCUAGCGGAGCAGGGCCUGGCGUGUGUGGCGAAUAACUACAUCACGGCGACACAUCAGAUGACUUUACAGAGGGCAAACAAGAGUACCGCACUCCUGCCAUGGAUUAUGUUGGCUGUUGUAUGUGGAAUUCUUGGCCUCUGUGGAUUUAUCUGCUGCUUCCGGCGCAUAAAGCAGAGGAAUUCGGAUAAUACUGAUGUGGCAGUGGAUGAAAUCCUCUCCAGACCACAGUCAGAGUUGGGUGUGAAAGGCACUAUGGUCCAGGAGCCUGAACAGAAUGAAAUGCUCCACAGAAACAAAACAGAUCAGAGUGUGUGUGCAACAGAAACAGAAGAUAUCUAUGAUAAUGACCAUUUUCUACAAACUCAAUUCCACAGACCACAGUCAGAGUUGGGUGUGAAAGGCACUAUGGUCCAGAAUGAAAUGCUCUACAGAAACAAAACAGAUCAGAGUGUGUGUGCAACGGAAACAGAAGAUAUCUAUGAUAAUGACCAUUUUCUACAAACUCAAUCCACAGAAGAGUGCUGACGUCCUGCAGUCUGUUCUGCGUUUGAGUGACUGCGACUGCUCUAGCGGGAUGGGCCACUAUCAAUCUCAGGAAGCUGGAGAGUCACUCUAAUGACUCCGGAUCAAACACAGGGCAUGCGUCAUCAAGCAGUAAGCAACUGCAUAUGUUGCAAAAUGCGGCAAAACAUUGAGCACUUCACAAACAACUUGGCCAAUGUCUUCUUUUCAUUCUUUGUAUCACAUUCAGAAAUGACUACCGGUACUAUAAAAUACUACAGUUGGUCUGUUUAACCCUUUCAUGCAUGCAUUAUGAAAUACAUUUUU